CAUGAGAAUAUCCUAUAUCCGGAUACUCGAAAAUGUUCUUAGUCACCAAUACCACAAUCCUCCUCAGCAUUCCUUAUGCUCAUUUUAAUGACAUUGCAAUAUUAAAUUUCCGAUCGUUUUACUCUAUGUCUAGGGCGUUAUCUAUCAGACAGGCAACUAAUAACCGAUAAUAAUUCACAAAUACUUACACCACCUGGAUUCAAAACUUUUAUGUUAUCAGUAGAGCUUUCUGCCGACACCUUAGAUUAGAUCGUGUUCAGUUAUGGACAGAGCUCCGACAUGAGCGGACUGAAUUGUGAGAAUGCGCCUAGAGUUUUCUUGGCUGGCUUUCGUGCUCUGCCUGUUCCUGCAACAGGAUCUGUACCAGGACUCUGUGCAGGCUGCCAACAUCCUAGGCAUAUUUUCUUACCACCUCAGCUCUCAUAAUCUAGUUGUGCUUCCAUUGGCAAGGGCUCUAGUUAAACGGGGACACAAUGUCACGUUGAUCACACCAGUUGGAAUGCCGACAGAUAUCGAGGGAGUUCGACAUAUACGCGUUCCCAAGCUAAAUCAACGCGUCCAGGAAAUGAUCGAGUGUGACCAACUGUUGGACUUCUUUGGCAGCAAAUGGAUAGCAAGCCUGAUGGCAGUGUCAAUGCUCUACAAUAUGUCAUCGGAUAUACUAAGCGACAAAGGUGUUCAAAAGAUGUUACAAGACAGAAAUGAACAUUUUGACCUAGUUAUGCUAGAACCGUCUGCCCUAGAAGCGCUUUAUGGCGUCGUGGAGCACUAUAAUGCAACACUGAUGGGUUUUUCAGGUGGUAAUGUCAACUGGAGUACCGAAGAAGUCGCUGGAAACUUUGCACCAAGCAUCAACGAUCCAAUCUCAUCGCUGGGCUAUUCCCGAGGCAAUUCUAUCCUCAGCAAAAUUUACAACUGGGUCCAUAUCACAGAGGAAAAGCUGCUGACACACCUGAUCGUCCGACCAUCUCAACUGCGCAUCUUUAAGAAGUUUUUUGACUUUUCGGAGCAGAAAUUUUACAACAUGCGGGACAAGUACUUAGUGAUUUUGGUCAACAAUCACUUCAGUAUGGGCAGGGUACGAUCUAACGUACCGAACAUCAUAGAAGUCGGAGGACUGCAUCUCACCGAGCCAGCUGAACCGUGCGAUUCGAAACUGCAGAGAUUUAUGGACGACGCGGAGCACGGUGUUAUAUACUUCUCAAUGGGACAGGAGAUAAUGGUGCAGUUUUUGCCUGAGGACAUGCAGCAAAACCUUAUGAAAUCUUUAAUCCAAUUCAAGCAGAGGGUCGUUUGGAAAACCGAACUUUAUAAUAUGCCAAACAAAUCGGACAACGUAUAUGUUAUUGAACAACCUCCUCAGCGAGCAGUUCUGGCCCAUCCCAAUACACGCCUCUUCAUCACAAACGGUGGUCUGCUAAGUGUAAUGGAGGCUGUUAACAGUGGAGUGCCGAUCUUGGGACUGCCAGUGUUCUUCGACCAGUUUAUUAAUCUGCGGAAUGUUAAUCUGCGUGGCAUGGCCAAGGUCUUGGACGCCAAUGAGAUGAGCUUGGAAAUUCUGACCUCAACUAUUCGGGAGCUGCUGGAGAACCCAAAAUAUGCUCUGAAUGCCAAGAAAAUGUCACAAUCCUUCAGGGACCGACCCAUGAGUCCUUUGGACACAGCAGUUUGGUGGACGGAAUACGCCCUGCGGAAUGGGGACGCCUCGCAUAUGCGCCUUAAGAUGGAGGAUAUUCCUCUUUACUACGAAUGGGAUUGGGUUCUCCUGUUAGGUCUCCGCUUUGGUAUUGUCUUUGGAUCUGUGAUUUACGUGGUCUACAAGUUAUUUCAAAAAACCAGUGAAGGGCGAAGGCCACUGCAAGAGACAGGAACUGUUUCUCAACAUCUUAGCCUGCUUGAUCGAAGAUCGCAAACACAAUAACUUUACAAGUAUUGUUUUCUUUUACUGCUGCAAAAAGUCGAUUAACCACCUUCCUGUUAAUAUAGAAGUUUAUCUCAAAAGUGUGCUUGGAAAAUCGUAAGUUAAGGUCGGCUUUGACCUUAACCUUAAAACUUUAACAUUCCGUUAACCGAUUUUCCAAUACAAUUUUUUAAACAUUACGAUGUUAAAUAUAUUACCAUUAAAAUUUUGGUUUUACCGUAUUGUAAAGAUGUAAUGAACAAAGUUACUGUAACCGGCGACUCGAAAAUGUUUAGAUAUGAAAAUGUUUUAUGUUAUGAAUA